GUGAGGCUGGAUGCGAGCCAGCUCCUGCGGACGGUGGGCUCCCUGGUGUCGCUGCUCUUCAUCGGAAUCUUCACGGCCUUGGUCACGCCCUUUCAGUGCAACUCCCACCCAAACGGCCGAAUGACCAUCCAGCAGUAUGCCUCAGUCUUCUGCAAUCUGCGUGAUGCACACCUGCAGAUGUUCGUGAUCGGCGCAGUGGCAUGCUUGAUGCCACUAUCCUUUCUGGCUGUGUGCAUUUGGAUCAUCCACCUGGAGCUUCCCAAAAGGCUGCUUCGGGCCGAUGCCACCUACUGCCGGGCAUGCUCAUUCCUUUGGCUGCGCUUUCGUCCCGGAGGGGAGCGUUUCGUCAUCUUCAUGCAAGUGAGAAACGCGCUGAUGGUGCUGUGCCCGUUGCUUCCCUCGGUUUCAGUGAAGCUGGUAGUGCUCAACAUGCUCCUCUACGUGAGCUUAAUCGCGAUGACCGUGAGCCAACCCUGGCGAGUUCCCGCAAGCAACGUGUUGGACACACUGCUUCACGUGGGUUUGCUUGUGGUGCUCUACAUGGCAUCCCUCUUUGCCGGCCACGACGUUGACGGCGCCAGCCUGGUUCAGGCAACUGCCAUCUCCUUGUUCUUCCUCGUGAUGAUGGUAGUGGCAGUUGCCGUCGCUAUCCUCUACGGAUUCGGCCUGUACCUCGUCCGCCAGAAUCGGAAGCCCUGGCGCUUCUUCAUCUCCCAUCACAAGCGUGCAGUCGGCAGCUUUGCGCGACUUCUGAAGAUCCAGCUGCAACAGCGGGGCUCUGCCUUCAAUGUUUUCUUGGACACCGACAACUUACGGGAUCUGACGGAACUCUUCAACUUCGUCAGGGACACCGAGACUCUUAUUAUCUUGGCCAGCCCAGGCAUUAUGGGGCGCAAAUGGUGUGUGGGCGAGGUC